GGGUCAGAAGGGAGAUGGCCGCCUUCCGUCGUGGCCUCAGACGGUUCCGCCACGCCGAUGUACCAGGUAAAGCCUUAUCACGGGCGCGGCGCGCCUCUCCGUGUGGAGCUUCCCACCUGCAUGUACCGGCUCCCCAACGUGCAAGCCAGGAACGGCAGCCCAGAGGCCGGCGUUGGCCACGUGCAGCUGAUAAAGGCAGUGACUUUGAGGACAGCUUGAAUCGCAAUGUGAAGAAGAAAGCAGCAAAACGACCACCGAAAACAACGCCGCUCCAAGAGCGUCAAGAGGAGAUUGAGGAGAUGAUGAAUACCCUCUUGGGAUGUCUUUGUUCGUCGGUACAGCACCGAGAAGUCCGCCUGAAGUGCGUGAAGGCCCUGAAAGGGCUGUACAGCAAAUGGGACCUGACUGCACGCCUGGAGCUCUUCACCAGCCGCUUCAAGGACCGGAUGGUUUCCAUGGUCAUGGACAGAGAGUACGAUGUGGCAGUGGAGGCCAUCAGAUUACUGAUACUUAUCCUUAAACUCUUCUACCCUGAGUACGAGAUAAGAACGAUGGGUGGAAGAGAGCAAUGCCAAAGCCCAGGCACCCAGAGGACUUUCUUCCAGCUUCUGCUGUCCUUCUUUGUGGAGAGAGAGGUGACAUAUACAGUGAGAAGUCUGGCUGUUGUGCAUAGGACCUACAACUGGGCUGGGCUUGGUGGCUCAUGCCUGUAAGUCCAGCACUUUGGGAAGCUGAGG